AUUUAUUGCGAACUGUACAGUUAAUAUUCUUUUUAAUUUAUAAUAUAUUUUGCUUCAUGAAUUAAAUAUAUUUAUGCAAUAUGGUUUAUAAAAUUAACAAACUUUUGUAUGUAGUAAUCUUAAUUCACAUACACAUUUUUAACGUUUGUCCAAGCACAAUUUCAUUUCAUCAUCAUAAAAAUGAUUCAUAUGAGGAAUUUGACAUUACUACAAUUUAUAGAAUCACAAAUAUGUCUUUAUUCAACAGCAACAACGAAACAGAUGGAUUCAUGAAUGAUAAUUUCUUAACGAACUUUAAAGAAAGUUAUUCAAUUGAAAUACAUUUAAGAACAAAUGCUAUUGGAAUGCCAUUACAGUUCGAUAAACAUCUUGAUAUUAUGUCAACAAAUACAAAAGAAAUCACUAAUUUUGGAUCAUUCCAGAAUAAUAGUCAAAUGGCUAUUUCGUAUGAUCCAAAUUCAUGGAUUAAAAAUAAAAUUAGUAACUUAUUUGUUGAAGGUGACGAACGAUGUUAUGACAUGAACUAUUUCCGUUAUCAUAGCGAUACUACUCCUAAUCCUGAUUCAAUGUUGAAAUCAGAAAACAAUUUAAUUAAUUGCUAUGACGUUUUUCAAUAUCGCUUCAAUGAUUAUUGCUUGCAAGAUUAUUCCUAUUUUGAUAAUCAACCAAACUGUACAUAUUUUACAUUUUAUUGGACACCCGAUAAAGAUCAAACAUGUUUAACUAUGACAUAUUAUAUUUACUAUCUCUGGAAACACGAAGAUAUUUUUUCUAUCACAAUUGAUAUGUACGAUGAAAAUAAUAUGGAUGUUAUACCUUCAACCGAAUUAAAGACAUAUAACGGUGUAAAAAACGGUAUAAACACAUUAAAAAUUACCAAUAUUGUUUUUAAGAAGAAUGAGGAAUAUAAAUUGUCAUUCAGUAUUAACCUCACGGACGCGUACAUAUAUCAUAGUGUUAAUGAUAUUGUGCAAUUUGGACUCAUACGAAUUGCCCAAUGUUCAAAUAAUGAUGUUUAUGAGGAUUAUGACAUUACGACGAUUUAUAGAAUCACAAAUAUGUAUAUAUUAAACAGCAGCAGUGAAACAGGUGGAUUCAUGGAUGAUAAUUUCUUAGAUUACUUUAAAGGAAGUUAUUCAAUUGAAAUACAUUUAAGAACCAAUUCUAUUGGAAUGCCAUUACAAAUCUAUGAUGGUAUUCAUAAUAUAUCAACAAAUACAAAAGAAAUCAUUAAUCUUCAAUCAUUUCAGAAUAAUAGUCAAAUGAGUAUUUCCUAUAAUUCAAAUCAUUGGAUAACACAAAGUAUAAAUAACUAUAAUGGAUACAAUGAGUAUUGUACAAAGGACAUUCGUUACAUGGACUAUACUACUGUACAUUUGAGUUCUGGAAAAUCUUUACAUAAUUAUUGCUAUGAAGUUUUCGAAUAUAUAUUCGCCUAUAACUAUUGCUCAGCAUUUACUUCGUGUACAUUUUUUACAUUUUAUUGGACACCUGAUAAAGACCAAACAUGUUUAACUAUGACAUAUUAUAGUUAUCACAGAUAUGAUAGCAAGGAAUUUUUCAUCACAAUGGAUAUGUAUGAUAAAAAUAAUAUGGUUAUAUCUUCAACUGAAUUAAAGAAAUAUAACGGUGUAAAUACAUUGAAAAUUACCAAUAUUGCUUUUAAGAACAAUGAGAAGUAUAAAUUGUCAUUACAACUUAAGUUGCAGAAUAUGUAUUAUAAUCAAGUUGGAGAUUAUUAUUUUCAAUUUGGACUCAUACGAAUUGCCGAAUGUUCAAAUGAUGGUGAAGAAGAUGUUCGAAUUGUUUCUGCGAAUAGUUCUUUUGGUAUAAACCCAAUACCAUUCAACAUUCUUGGAAACCGUGUAGUGAAACGUUCCCUUCAGUACUUAAAUCCUUGUUUAAAUGGUGGACAUUUUACGGAAUUGUCAAAUUGCAUUUGUCCUCCUGGUUUUAAAGGACAAUUUUGUGAGACAGGGUGUGGGUUAAAUUCUUACGGAUCUGACUGUAAGGGAGUUUGUUCAAUACGAGCUGAUAAAAUGUGUCGUGGAAUGUUAAUGUGUACAAGUUAUGGGUGUACAUGUCCACCAGGACUAACCGGUCCAUGGUGUAACAAAGACUGUACACUAGGUACAUAUGGAGCUGAUUGUAGACAAACGUGUUCCAGUAAUUGUCUUGAUAAUACAUGUGAUCAAUAUACAGGUGUCUGUUUACAUGGAUGCUCAGCAGGAUACGUACUACCAUAUUGCCGUGAAAAAUAUCCAUACUUAAUUAACCCACCUACGUUGCUUUCGGCCACAUACGAUAGAAUUAUAGUAGAAUUGAACUUUAAAGAAAAUAGUAUUACAAAAUAUGGGGAAAAAAUUUUGAAUAUAAAAUAUUAUCAACUAUUUUAUAAGUCAUUAAUAGAAGAUACAUUUAGAAGUUUUGAAAUUAAACCAAUAAGCAAUACUACAUCGGAAAUUAUUAGUGACUUACAACCAGAUACUAAAUAUAAGAUUGGAGUAUUGUUAAUUGCAGAUGAUGGGAAUUUUAAUGAUCAAGAUGUAGUAUAUGGUCAAUAUAAUACCACGUGUAUACAACCUCAAAUAACUGAUUAUAACAUAAAAUUGAUGAGUGGAAUACAAAGCAUUAACAUAACAUGGGACAUAGCUACUUCAAAUCGACUAGAAUGCAAAAUUACAAAAUACGUUUUGACUUUAAUGUCAAAUCAAUCACAAAACCAAAUAUCUGAUGUACAUGAAAUAUUAUCGAACACAGAAAGUGGUCACUUUUUAGAUAAUCUUCUUCCAGGUUUUCAGUAUAACAUAAAAUUAACUCCUUCAACAAGUAAUGGAACGUUACCAUCCUCGCCUAUAUAUUCAUUCACUACUCUUAUGUCAAAAAAUGAUGUUCAAAUAAAAAAUAUUUCCACCAAACAUGAAAAUGGAAAAAUUAAAGUGUACUGGAUUUUGGCAAAUUCCAAUCAACAUUAUACCACAGUUCAUGAACCAGUAACAUCAAUAAUCAGAUAUAAACUUAAACGAAUUCUCAGCUGUUCCACAAGAGAAAUAGAACAAAAUUGGACGUCAAGAAUAAUUUACAACCACACCAACUAUGAAAUAUUUAAUAUAGUGCCUAAUUCUCAAUAUAGUAUACAAGUUUUGAUUGACGUUAAUGACAAAAAUACUACUCAACAAGGAAAUAUGAUAGACGUAUUAACACCAGCAUCAAACCCGAAAACCGAACCUAUCUUAGAUCCCGAGCAUCCAAUUUAUAUUACUAAUAGCUCUAUAUUUGUUCAAUGGAAAGUUGAUUCAAAAAAUUGCUCCAAGCUUAAUGGAUUUUUAUCACAAUUUUAUAUAGAAUUAAAGGAUACGGUUGAUGACAUUUUACAAGUAAGAGAAACGAAAAAUAAUUACAUUUCCUUUAAUGAUCUAAAGGCAAACUCAACUUAUGAACUGAAAGUAUUUAUAAAAACACAUAUUGGUUAUAAUCCUGAACAUUUUCUACUCGUCAACUUUAUGACUAAAUUUGGAAAUUUAAAAGCAAUAGAAGAUUUAGUAGUUUAUAAAAAGAGUUUAAAGAAGCGCAUGGUAGGAUUUCGCUGGAGCUAUUCACAAAAUACAAAAUUAGACGGAUUUAUAGUUUCGUUUAAUGAGAGUAAUUUUAUCAUAUCACCACAAAAAUGUUCAGCGUGGCCAGAAUACUAUUGUCAUACAUUCUAUAAUUUGAACCCCAGCAGUAACUACACGUUUAAAAUAAAGCCAAAAUCAAUAGAUUAUCCAGAAGGUGGUAAGGUCUCGUCAAUUUAUUUUAACAGUGUCGAUGGUCUACCUGAUUCUCCAAUGAAUAUAAAAACGACCGAAAUUGGUAACACUUCUAUAUCUGUCCAGUGGGAUAUUCCAUGGAUAUUCAACGGUGAAUUGAAAAUGUUUAUUAUAAACGUCGAAGAAAUUGCAUCCGUAGAUAUGGAGACGUGUUGUAUUAGCAUUGCACCAACAGAAAUUUUAGUUUAUGAAGAACUACCUACAUAUAACCAUACGAUAACUGGCCUGCAACCAGGAUCAACAUAUUCAAUUGGAGUUUUAACUGUAUCCAAAUCAUCAUGGUACAGUUCACCGUCUAGACUACCAGUUACAACUAUUGAAGAAAUGUAACAAUUAGUAUAAAUAUUAAUAUUAUUGUUUCUAAUCAUUUUUAUAUUCUCUAUUAUACAAUAAGAAUUUACAAUAUUUAUAUGUUUUUGAAAUAUAUUAAACAUAAUAUUAUAAAACUAUAAUAAUGUAGUAAGUAUAGUGCUCACAUAUAAUUUUGUUAUCAAGUACAUAAUCUAAACAUUAAUAAAAUAUAGGUACUUUGUUAUUAUUUAAUUUUACAAGUACUAACUAAGUACCAACAAAUAAUUGUUUAA